AUGCCUGAAAUAAAAGUGGUUCCGUUAGGCGCUGGACAAGACGUCGGACGCAGUUGUAUUCUUGUCACGAUUGGAUGCAAGAAUAUCAUGUUCGACUGUGGGAUGCACAUGGGAUACAAUGACGAUAGACGUUUCCCGGAUUUUACGUAUAUCACACGUUCAGGAAGUUUAACUCAAUUUCUAGAUUGUGUUAUAAUCAGCCAUUUUCACUUAGAUCAUUGCGGAGCUCUACCGUAUUUCUCUGAAAUGUGUAAAUAUGAUGGUCCAAUAUACAUGACACACCCUACUAAAGCAAUAUGUCCAAUUCUACUGGAAGACUACCGAAAAAUUACUGUUGAUAGGAAAGGAGAAAAAAAUUUCUUUACUUCGCAAAUGAUUAAGGACUGCAUGAAGAAAGUUAAAGCAAUUAACUUACAUCAGACUGUAAAGGUUGACGACGAUUUAGAAAUUAAGGCUUAUUAUGCUGGGCAUGUUUUGGGAGCUGCUAUGUUCCUGGUUAAGGUCGGAUGUGAAUCUGUUCUGUAUACGGGUGAUUACAAUAUGACCCCAGAUCGCCACUUAGGAGCCGCAUGGAUAGACAAAUGUAGGCCAAAUUUAUUAAUAACGGAAUCAACAUACGCUACCACAAUUCGCGAUUCUAAGAGAUGUCGUGAAAGAGAUUUUCUAACAAAAGUCCAUGAAUGUGUUGAACGAGGCGGCAAGGUUCUGAUUCCCGUUUUUGCCCUUGGAAGGGCACAGGAGUUAUGCAUUUUAUUGGAAACUUAUUGGGAUAGAAUGAACUUAAAAGUCCCUAUCUAUUUCUCGACUGGUUUAACAGAGAAGGCAAAUCAUUAUUAUAAAUUAUUCAUUACUUGGACAAAUCAGAAAAUUCGACGAACAUUCGUACAACAUAAUAUGUUCGAAUUUAAGCAUAUAAAGCCUUUCGAUCGCGCCCUGAUUGAUAAUCCUAAUCCUAUGGUUGUAUUUGCUACGCCAGGCAUGCUUCAUGGCGGUCUCUCACUUCAAAUAUUUAAAAAAUGGGCACCAGAUGAUAAAAAUAUGGUCAUUUUACCAGGCUACUGCGUUGCUGGUACAGUAGGAAAUAAAAUUUUAUCUGGUCAAAGAACCGUAGAAUUAGAGAAUAAACAAAUAAUUGAUGUGAAAUUAGCCGUGGAGUAUAUGUCAUUUAGUGCUCACGCUGAUGCUAAAGGAAUCAUGCAAUUAAUUAAACAUGCCGAACCUGAAAAUGUGAUGCUUGUUCACGGAGAGGCGAGCAAAAUGAAUUUUUUAAUGCAAAAAAUAGAACAAGAAAUUGGUACCCCGUGCUAUAUGCCAAAAAAUGGCGAAACUGUGAAAAUCAGGGCUUCGCCCAAAAUAGCUGUAGAUAUGUCGUUCGAGCUAUAUAAGCAAAACCAGCCACAGAUUUCUUUGAAGUCUCAUAUCCAUGAAAAUAAGAAGCCUCGAUUAGAUGUAGAUCCUCGCAUAAUUGAAGGAGUUAUUAUCAUGGAUGACAACUCAACAAGAUUGGUCGACUCUAAGCAAGCUCUCCACGAACUUGGAAUGAAAAGCCAUAAUUUAAAUUUUUGCAGUACUAUAAGCGUACCGGAUAAAGUAGUUCGCAAUGAACUACUACGUGAACUGUACUUACAUGUUAAGAGUGAUUUCCCUAAAGAAGAAGUAUCCCAGUCAUCAGAUGGCUCUAUUAAAUUGCAUUCUGUUGUUAUUGAGUAUCAAGUAAAUGAUGAUAGUGAGGCAGUCAUUGCAAUUUCGUGGGAUUACAAGCCAAUGUGUACUCUUGUGGAUACUGCAUAA